AUGGCAGAGCCUUACAUUGAGCAAGUAGAGUAUCUCGACGUUCUCACUAAAACUGGUAAAAAAAUCGACGUUUCCAAGCCGCGGGGAGAUGUCCAUCGAGAUGGGGAUUACCAUAAAACAGUCCAUGUCUGGAUUUUUGCUGAGAGUACACAAGAAUUACUUCUCCAAACGUCAGAUCGCAAGGACUCGUGGCUGGGGUUGUGGGAUAUCUCCAGUCUUGGCCAUAUAUCUGCUGGUGACUCAUCGCUAAUAACAGCACAGAGGGAGCUUCAAGAAGAACUAGGGGUGAUCCUCCCAAAGGAUGCAUUUGAGUUUAUAUUCGUUUUUCUUGAAGAGUGGUUGUCUGGGUCUAAACCCGUGUCUGAGGGUCGUGGAGGAGAGACUAAGGAAGCCUUCUUUCAGAUGGUGACUGAGUGGUUCACUGAAUUUGUCCAAACGAAUUCGGCUGCUCAGCAACCUCCACCCCCACCUUUUCCCCAACCAGUCCCCGUAGCUCUUCAAGUCUUAGAGUUGGUACCCAUGAGCAAAUUGCCAGUAGAUAAAAUUCAAAAAUAUGGGGAAGAAGAUUUUAGAGCUACAGUUGAUGAUGACCAUGAGAGAGUCGAGUUUUGGCUAGAGAAUGCGAUCUGA